GCCAAGUUGUGUAUAUCAACAACUGCCGCCGAUUCUCGCAGCAUUCGCAAUUCGAAAUUCGUUUCGCGCCAGUGUCUCCGCGACUGUUGAGUGAGGAGGUUCCUUUGCGUCAGUGUUUUUUAGUUAAAGUUUUAGUGCAUUUAUAUUUCAAACCAUGCCUGAAGUCCACUCCGCGUUCGCCGACUCGGGCAAGAAACAAGGCAUCGAAGUAUGGAGGAUUGAGGACUUCGAGCCAGUUCCUGUACCACCAUCGCAUUACGGCAAUUUCUACUCUGGUGAUUCUUACAUAGUGCUCAAAACGUCAGGAGAUGAUGAUCGUCUGACCUGGGACAUCCAUUUCUGGCUGGGAUCUCUCACGAGCCAGGAUGAGGCUGGCGCGGCCGCCAUCUUAACUGUCAAUCUUGAUGAUGAACAGUUCAAAGGAUCCGCUGUACAGCACAGGGAAGUCCAAGGUUACGAGUCGAGGCAGUUUUUGGACUACUUCCAGCCAGCCAUCAGGUACCUGGACGGAGGUCACGCCUCUGGCUUCAGUCACGUGACCAUCAACGCGGGCGCCGAGAAGCGCCUCUUCCACAUCAAGGGCAAGAGGAACGUCAGGGUCAAGCAGGUGGAGCCCUCAGCAUCCUCUCUCAACAAAGGCGACUGCUUCAUCCUGGACGUCGAUCAUAUCAUAUAUGUCUUCGUGGGAGAGAACGCCAAGAGUGUGGAGAGGCUGAAGGCGGCCACUGUAGCCGGCCAUAUACGGGACCAGGACCAUAAUGGACGGGCCGAGGUGGAGGUAGUGGAUUCGGACUCGCACGACGGCAUCUACGAGAAGUUCUUCGAAGCCCUCGGCUCUGGAGACAAGGACUCCAUCGCUGACGCCUCUGAGGGAGGAGAUGACGAGGAAUUCGAACGUGGAGCUCCCACAGAGGUGUCCCUCAGCGAGAUCUCGGACAGCACCGGAUCUAUCAAGAUUACUAAACUGCCGUCACCGUUCACCAGAGAACAGCUGGAUAGUAAGGAAUGCUACAUUCUGGACACGGGAAGCUACAGCGGCAUCUACGUGUGGGUCGGACGCGCCUCUAACGAUAAGGAAAAAGCCGCGGCCAUGUCGAAAGCCGAGCAAUACUUCAAAUACCACGAUUACCCUAACUGGGUACACGUUUCAAAGGUACCAGAGGAUGCUGAGCCAAUUGCGUUCAAACAAUAUUUCCAAGAUUGGGUGUAAAUGAGUCUUAAUAAAAGAUAAUUUGAUUAUAUUUUAGCAGCGCUUCGAAUAUAUGGGAGACAUGACCCCCCAAACUCUGUUCUGAAUCCGCCACUGUAUUAUUUUUUUGUAAACGAUAUUUUAGCUGUUUA